AGAAAUCUUACUCCAGAAUUUCAGGCUCGGCAGGCUGGGGUUACUUCGGACGUAAUGAUGUCUGCUGGUUCUGGCAAUACAACGCUUCGUUGUGUGGUAGCGGGCAAAGGAUAAGUACUGCUCUCAUCUUGUCGCAUUCUCUACACAUCAACCAACUAACUUCCCAUCUUCAUCACCUCUUCAACAACCAUUCCAUAGCGUACCGCAUUUCUGCACUUUGCAUACUUUUAAGAUACCCCUCUUUUUGGCCCAUUACAUUUCGCAUCAUGGCACCAGGCGCAAUCUUCGAGACGCCCAAUGUGGCUGAGAACUUCAACGACCACCGCGAUGGUCUUGCCCUAGAAGCCACUUCCGACGCCAUUGACGAUGUUAACGUCCUCAAGGCCGCCAUGAAGGUCAAGAACGGCACCGCAACACAGAAAGAGAAGGACAUCUACGAGAAAUCCGAAUUCGAUGCUGAGAAGGACAAGACCCAGUUCCGCCAGUACGAAGAAGCAUGCGACCGCGUGAAGAACUUCUACCGCGAGCAGCACGAGAAGCAAACCGUCGGCUACAAUCUUAAGGCGCGCAACGCCUUCCACGCCAAGACACGCGCAGAGAUGACCAUCUGGGAAGCAAUGGAGAAGCUCAACACACUCAUCGACGAAUCCGACCCAGACACCUCCCUCUCGCAAAUUGAGCAUCUCCUCCAAUCUGCCGAAGCCAUUCGCCGCGAUGGAAAGCCGCGUUGGUUCCAGCUCGUAGGUCUUAUUCACGACCUCGGCAAGCUCCUUUUCUUCUACGACGCCCAGGGCCAAUGGGACGUAGUUGGCGACACAUUCCCUGUCGGCUGCGCCUACUCCCCCAAGAUCAUCUACUCCGACACUUUCAAGAACAACCCAGACUACAAGGAUGAGAUCUACAGCACCGAGCACGGUAUCUACACACCUGGCUGUGGCAUGGACAAUGUCAUGUUGAGCUGGGGCCACGACGAGUACCUCUACCACAUCAUGAAGGACCAGAGCACCAUCCCUGACGAGGGUCUUGCUAUGAUUAGGUACCACUCAUUCUACCCGUGGCACACUGGUGGUGCGUACAAGUGGAUGAUGAACGAGAAGGAUGAGCGCAUGCUGGAGGCCGUCAAGGCGUUCAACCCUUACGAUCUCUACAGCAAGAGCGACGAGGUUCCUAAGGUUGAGGAUCUCAAGGAGUACUACUUGGACAUCAUUGAUGAAUUCAUUGGCAAGGACAAGAAGCUUAAGUGGUAGACGAUAGUAGUAUAUCAUGGUAACGAAUCUCUUUGAUCUGGGCGUUUGGGUUAUAUAAUGACGCGGAGUGCCAACAAGGCCCGCGAUGCAAUUCAUUCUUGACCUC